UGUUGCACCAGACCCAAUCCCAGCUUUAUCUCUUUCGAUUCUCUCUGCAUCAAUUUCACCUUUCAUUUCAUCAAUUUUCCCUUUUCAAUUAAAGCACAACAGACCUCAAAAGCGGGGUUUUGGGCAAUCAAACAGAGUUUUCUUCUGUUUGAAUCAGCUGUUAGAUAACAUCAGAUUCGAGUUGCUGUUAAUUAUUAUAUAUCCAUGAGGUUGCAGGAUGCAUAUAUUUGUACGAUUUGCUGGGAGAAUGUUACUGGCGAUCGUGGCCGAGCAACGCUUCAAUGCGGACAUCAUUUUCAUCUGGAUUGCAUUCAUCACGAAUUUAGUGCGAAGGGAGAGAUGCGAUGUCCCAACUGUAGAAACGUUGAGACGAGUCAAUGGCUUUUCCUAAACAGUCCCAGACCAUCUAACGAGCUCAACGUUGACGGCUUGCUCAAUCGUGGCGACGUAAUGUCUCAACGUAUUUAUCCUGAAGCACCACAGUUCCAAUCUGAAGGAGUUGGUCGGGGUCUUGCUUAUGCUGUUUUAGAUUCUUCAAGUGGAGGUCUGUACUCUUCUGGCUGGCUAGUGAAUGAUCCUUACCUUUACCCUGAUAGUGCUGCACGUGCAAUUUCUCCUACUGAAGGUCUCGGUUCUUAUGCCUGGCUAACGAAUCAACCUUACCCUUAUAGCAGUACACAUGCAGAAGGGCAUGUGGGUUGGUCCUCUAACCAGCCACAGUUCCAAUUUGCCGGAUUUAGUCCGGGUGAUGCUGCUGCUGCUUUAGAUUCUCCUACUGAAGGUCUCGGUUCUUAUGCCUGGCUAACGAAUCAACCUUACCCUUAUAGCACUACACAUGCAGAAGGGCAUGUGGGUUGGUCUUCUAACCAGCCACAGUUCCAAUUUGCGGGAUUUAGUCCGGGUGAUCCUGCUGCUGCUGCUUUAGAAUCUUUCACCAGUUUUCUCAACUCUGGUGGCUCGCUUACAAAUCCACGUCAUCAGCCUUCCCUUGAAGUACCUGCAAUUUCUUCCACAAAUCCUCCUUAUGACUACCCUGAACAUGCAGUUUCUUCCACUAGAGGUCUCGCCUCUUAUGGCUCGCUAAUGACUCAACCUUACCGUGAUAGUGAUACACGUGCAGAGUUGCGUUCACAGAAUCUGAAUGCCUAUAUUCUAGGAGCAAGAAAUCAAGGGCGUGAACCAGCCACAGGGUAGAGCUAGCGACAUGGUUCAGUAACUCUUAAACAAGUUUUACAUAUGUGUGAGUUGGUUAUGAACAAAAAUACAAGUGUAGCUGUCAAAUUACAUUACAUAACUACCUCCGGAACCCCUUUUACCCACAACAUUUUGGUUCUCUCAGGGGCUAUAUGUCAUUAAACAAAUAGACUAUAAUAUGGGUUGUACACUUAUUGCUUCAAAAUCACUU